GUUGGGGUCGCAGGGGGCACCAGGGGCUCCUUGGGUCUCCUUCGGACAGCAAGAAGACCUUUCACCCGGCCCGGGACUGCGGAGGGCUGGCUCUGAGGAACCAUGAGCACAGGGGGCCCCAGCCCCCUCAUGACUCCUGUCACUCCGGGGAGCCCCAUGGAGGCAGCGGACACCCUCCCCGUGCUCAUUGCCUUGGCCUGCAUCUUCCUCCUGCUGGCCUCCUGUCUGCUGUUCAUGACCCUUUGCAAGCCGGCAGCACUGGAUCCAAGCCGCCAGGCCCGAGAGUGCAUGCCCCACCACCCGGGGAGCCCCAGCGAGCCCCAGCUCCGGCUCUGGAAGCGCCUGGGCUCCCUGCGCCGCUCCCUGCACAGCUUCCGUCGUGGUCGGCCCGUACCUCAAUGCUCCCUGCCAGACCACAACGACAACCCUGAUUGGGACUGCACGGAAUCUACCAAGAUGUGA